UGAUCAGUAGGUGUCCACAUCCCUGCUUCCUCACCUCAGCACCAAUCAGCCACACACAGCGACAGGAGACACGGGCUGAACUGAGACCAGGCAGACACACACAAUACAGCCUCCGGAUCAAGAAGAGAGGAAACACCUAACCACCUCUGCGAUUUCCGCUUCCCCCUUCUCUCUCUUUUUCGUCCGACACCUUUUGGCUUAUUUAUGCACUUUUCAACCUUUUUUCCCCCCCUAGCUUGUCCAGAAAGUCGAUAAAAAUGAUCCUUUUGUUUUGAGCGUUCUCAGCACACACACACACACACAUACACACAAACACACAGUCUCCCUGUUCUCCUCCGGCAGCCUAUGUCUGUGCGUCUUCUCGCGUCUUUGCAUUAUUUCCCCCCCGCGUAUCCCUUCGCAGUGAUGUGCCGUUACACGGUCACCGGCUGGUAGCAUCUUGGGAGCUCUUCUCAACAGGAACCUGCUCUGGAGGAGACAAACCAGGAUGGUAACUCGUUGUUCGUAACCAGCUUCACUUUGACGAAGGCCGCUGUAACCUCAAUCUCUUCUCCUAAACACUGACUAGCGUUCCUCAGCCAUGUCUAACAUAAACAAUGCACUUUGCAUUGAAAAUGGACAGAAUGCAGAUGUGUCUCUGCUACAAAAGGAUAAUCUUCAGGAUGGUGGAUUAAGUCAGCUUUUGGAUUAUAAUGCAGAAAUGGAAAGGUACAGGUCUUUUGCAAACUUUUAUAAAACCAAUGGGGCAUUUCCACAGACUGCUAAGAUUGCCCGCAUCACGACGCCCAUUUUUCCCAGUGCUAGAAUUGGUAUGUCCCCUUGGAACUGUGAUAACGCCAUGCUCUGGGGAAGGAAAUCAGCGGCAAUAAACCCUAAUAGGACCAGCAUGCAUAGAAAUGACUCCCAGAGGCCGGGGAAGCCUGGCGUGCCGCCAGAGACGCUGCAAAUGGCAAAUAAUAAUUUCCUCUCUACCUUAUCCCCCGAACACUGCAGACCUUUAGCAGGAGAAUGCAUGAACAAGCUGAAAUGCGGCGCUGCUGAAGCAGAGAUAAUGAAUCUCCCAGAACGCGUUGGAACUUUUUCCGCUAUUCCGGCUUUAGGGGGCAUCUCAUUACCUCCCGGGGUCAUCGUCAUGACAGCCCUUCACUCCCCCGCAGCCUCAGCAGCCGUUACAGACAGUGCGUUUCAAAUUGCCAAUCUGGCAGACUGCCCACAGAAUAAUUCCUCAGCAUCCAGUGGAAACCCAGCAAAGAAGAAAAGGAAAAGGUGUGGGGUCUGUGCACCCUGCAGGCGGCUAAUCAACUGUGGUGUCUGCAGCAGUUGUCGGAACCGCAAAACGGGCCACCAGAUCUGCAAAUUUAGGAAAUGUGAGGAGCUGAAAAAGAAGCCAGGCUCAUCGCUGGAGAGGACGCCGGUCAACAACGGCGAAGCUUUUCGGUGGUUCUUUUAGAAAGAAAGCCGUGGCCACCCCAUCCACCAGUUAGGAGGGCAGGUGGGACUCUUGACUCUCUGCCAGGAGCACUUCAUGGGUUCACAGAACCCAUCACGCCCGAAACAUUUGGAGAGGAUGAAAGAAGAAAACGUGGACAGACAAAAAGAUAAAAGAUAACAUAAUGGUGUUGUUUUAACUCUGUAAUUUCCUUUUCUGUGUAAUUAUUGUACCUUUUGACAGUAUCAUAAUGUAUAUUUUUGGUGUCUAUGAAUGUGUUUUCAGUGUCGUGGCUGUAGGUUCACAGCCAAUCCUGUGUAAAGGACUCAAACAGACAAUCAUACAGUCACCCUGAAUCCAUCAAACAGGAAGAGGCCACAAGGAUCGAGGAUAUACAAACCCAACACACUUCACCACGGAGCAAUAAUCUAUUCUUGUGAUUAUUCUUCAACCUUUUAUAUAUUUUUUUUACUUCAAUUAUUAUAUCAAACUGAGUCCUAUUCAGUUUUUUGUUCUUUUUUAAUGUAAUCCGCAAUCCACAUGCUCAUGUUUAGACCAUUGCUGGCAGUGUGAUAUGUUUACGAACGAUAGCAGCAGCGCUCCCGUGAUGGGUUUGUUGAUGUGCUUCCUGGUUUGAGUGGACAUAGAGCAGAACGGCCCACAUUGUCCUGUGUGGUGAGCUACACUUCUUUAAGCUCUAAUUGGGCGUCAUUUGAUUGUGGCAGCGCCAGAUGUUUGAGUCAGACUGCUGUCUGAGGGGUCAUAUUCUCAAAGAAAAUCCUUUUUUUUCCCUUACAGAACUACAUAGGUCAUUGUGUCUUUUUCUUUUUCUCCUUUCAGUUUGGAUCACUAAAGGUUGUAACUGUCAAAAAGGUAGAAAGUAAUGCCAGUAAAGAGUUGUAGGUCAUGUUGAAAACAUUCAAAUUUUGAAUUAAUUACAGACCACUACACAUAUUUGACAUGCCAGAUGUUGUUCUGGAGAGAAGAGAUCGAUGAAACUCCUCCUUCAGCGUAAACAGCAGUCCCUCCAGCAAAAUAACGUUGAGACAUUCCAAAAACACGAUUAUUCAAUAAGUUACUCAUUGUCUUAAACCCUAUUGUUGCAUGUGUAAAUGUGUUUUGGUUUUAAAGAUUACUAAGAAUUUGUAUAUUGUUGUUGUGAUGCUUUUAUGUGUUAAAAUAAAAAAAAAAGACUUCAGUAAAAGAAAUGCUGGUAGAACCGUUUUUGUGCAGAAACCAUGGACAGAGAGAAAAAUAAAUGCCCCGAUAUACAAACAUAUAUAAAAAAGGGAAAAAUCAGUAAUCACUUUUGAUCACCUGAUAAGUAUUACCUUUCUUGCCUGUUUUUAAAGCCUCAACAGAAAUAACAACCUGG